UUUGAUUUUCCGUAACAUUUUUAUUAGUAAGAUGUUUUAGUGUCGUUGAACGUACGACAUUCUUUAAAAGUUUUGUUGUAACUAGUAUAAGUGUGAAAUCAAAAUGAAAUCAGACGUAGACGUGGAAUCCAAAAUAACCCGUAAGACAUUAUUAAUGCCCAAGUUACCAAAUAUUUUAACUCUUGAAGAAAAGAAGUAUCUGUUGGCUGUAGAAAGAGGAGAUUUAGCAAAUGUUCGGAGGAUUCUGCAGAAAGCUCAAAGGAAAAAGUUGACUAUUGAUAUAAAUUGCAUGGACAGCCUUGGACGUGGAGCCCUAACUAUAGCCAUAGACCAAGAAAAUUUAGAAAUGGUAGAGCUGUUGGUGGUUAUGGGCGUUGAAACAAGAGAUUCGCUCCUUCAUGCUAUUAACGUAGAAUUUGUAGAAGCAGUUGAAUUAUUGUUGGAACAUGAAGAACUUAUUCAUGAAGAAGGGGAACCGUACAGUUGGCAGAAAGUUGAUAUCAAUACUGCAAUGUUCACUCCAGAUCUCACACCAUUAAUUCUGGCAGCACAUAGAAACAAUUACGAAAUCUUGAAAAUAUUACUAGAUAGAGGAGCUACUGUUCCAAUGCCUCAUGACAUUAAGUGUGGAUGUGAAGAAUGUAUUAGACAAUCAGAAGAAGAUUCUCUUCGUCAUUCGUUGUCAAGGUUAAACGAAUAUAAAGCUCUUGCGAGUCCGUCCCUUAUUGCGCUUUCGUCCAGCGAUCCCCUUUUGACAGCCUUCCAGUUAUCUUGGGAAUUGCGAAAUCUAGCGUUUGCAGAACCAGAAUGCAAAUCGGAAUAUAUGGAAUUACGACUGCAAUGCCAACAGUUUGCUGUAGAUUUGUUGCAUCAAUCAAGAAAUUCACAGGAAUUAGCUAUAAUUUUAAAUCAUGACCCGGAUAAUCCACCUUAUGAGGAAGGAGAACAUAUGAAAUUAGCGCGGUUAGAACUGGCUAUACAAUAUAAACAAAAGAAGUUUGUGUCACAUCCUAACAUUCAACAACUAUUAGCUGCUAUAUGGUACGAAGGUGUUCCAGGAUUCAGAAGAAAGUCGUCAAAGGAUAAAUUAUUGAUUAUUGUAAAGACCGCAUUAUUGUUUCCUUUCUAUUGUUUACUAUACUACAUUGCUCCCGAAACUAAAACUGGAAAAUUAAUGAGAAAACCGUUUAUGAAAUUUUUGAUACACGCUUCAGCGUACCUCUUCUUUCUCUUACUUCUUAUAUUGGUGUCGUUAAGAGCGGACGACUUAGUACUGCAACAUUUUGGGUCUGAUUCGAUGAAAGCUUAUGUGAUAGAAAAAUAUGAAAGGCAGAGAGGUAAUCCUCCUACAAUUUUGGAAUAUGCCAUUCUUCUCUACGUUCUAGGAUUUAUCUUGGAAGAAACUCUAGAAAUAUUUGUAGAAGGGAUGAACUCAUAUUUGCGAAAUUUGUGGAAUUUCAUAGAUUUUACUAGGAAUGUUCUAUACACAGCCGUAUUUUUUCUUCGUGUGGUAUCAUAUUUUCAACAAGCAGCAGAGAUUCGAAACGAUCCAACUACAGCUUAUAUAAGAAGGGAGGACUGGUAUGCUUUCGAUCCCCAACUAAUUGCUGAAGGUUUAUUCGCAGCUGCAAAUAUUUUUAGCGCCUUAAAAUUGGUACAUUUAUUUUCCAUUAAUCCACAUUUGGGACCACUUCAAAUAUCUUUAGGACGAAUGGUUAUCGACAUCGUUAAAUUUUUCUUUAUUUAUUCGUUGGUGCUAUUUGCAUUCGCCUGUGGCCUUAAUCAACUCCUGUGGUAUUUUUCCAAUUUAGAAAAACAGAAAUGUUAUCAUUUACCAAAUGGAGAACCAGAUUUUGAUGGAGCAGCUGAUGCUUGCAUGAAAUGGAGACGAUUUGCAAAUGUUUUUGAGUCGUCUCAAUCAUUAUUUUGGGCCAGUUUUGGAAUGGUAGAUCUUGUUAGUUUUGAACUUACUGGAAUCAAAACCUAUACACGAUUUUGGGGACUGCUUAUGUUCGGAUCCUACAGUGUGAUCAAUGUAAUCGUAUUACUGAAUCUACUUAUAGCUAUGAUGUCCAAUUCUUAUGCUAUGAUUGAUGAGCAUUCAGAUACCGAAUGGAAGUUUGCAAGAACAAAACUAUGGAUGAGCUAUUUUGAAGAAACUGGCACUCUACCGCCACCGUUUAAUAUUUUCCCAAAACCAAAGAUGUUAUUUAAACUGUGCGGUGUGCGGAAGAAGGACAAACUAAGAAGAAUGUCAACCAAAAGGAGAAAUCGAGAAGAAAAGGAAAGAGAUUACAGAUACACUGCGGUAAUGCGAUCCUUAGUGUGGCGAUAUAUUUCGGCAAUGCACAGAAAAUGCGAUGAAGAACUGGUCACCGAAGAUGACGUUAAUGAACUAAAAAGUGACAUAUCUUCUUUUCGUUAUGAAAUUCUUGAAGUAUUAGGUAAAAGUGGAAUGGAUAUUUCUUCGGCAGAAAAAAAAGAUAAAGCAAUUUUGGGAAAGAAAAUGAAAAUAUGGGAAAGAAGAUUAAUGAGAGAUUUUAAGGUUGCUCCGGUAACUCAAGAUGAAGAUGAAGAAUUGUUCGCUCCUCCUCCAGAAAAUGAAAAUUCGCUUGCAAGAUUCCGAAGAAUUGCAAAACUCGUUGUACUUGAUACAAAUACGGUAAAAUGGAGACAAGUUGUUAAACAUGCCCAAAUAGCCUCACAAAUCGGUAGAUGUCAUCGAAAAGAUUCAUUUAGAAAACAACAAAAUCUCCAACGUGCUAUGGACGAAGCAAAGCAGUUAGCCAUUUCAAAAACUCCAGAUGCUUCCAGGGCAACUACUCCAAUAACUCCUAUUAUACUACCCGAUUUGAGUGGUGCAGGAAUUGUGGAUGUAGUUACAGGUGGCGAUUCAGGAAAAAAUAAAAAUAUAUACGCUCUAAGUCCGAAUUUCCAAACUAGAACGGAAAAACACAAAAAGCAAAAAGCACCAUCAACUCCAAACUUAACAGAAGACUCGUCUUUAUUACGCAACAAGGGAGAUGCUACUGGUUCAAUAUCGCCCAUUUCUCCACAAGAAGACCUAAUACAACUGGAAAGCGCUAAAAGCUCCCCUCUAACAAGCAACCAAAAUUUAGGACAUUCUUCAUCAUCAGAAUCUUUAGACCAAAUUCAAAACGACAGUGGUGAUUCUGAUUAUCCUUUGGCCGUUACUUCACCUCCCAUAAUCAUAACAUCGCCUCUGGAUGAAACGAUUACAAGUCAGAACAAAAAUGACCUUGAAUUAAAAAGUGAACUGGACGAUAUACUAGGAGAUGACUGGAAUACUCCAGACGAUGACAAUGUGAUUGAAGAAAUCAUUCCGAGGCCUCUCAGCCCUGUACCAACUCUACUAUGUAAGCAAGAUGAAAGAUCUAAAACACCCUCACCAGAAUUACCGAAGCAACUAUCAGAGGAAAUUGGUCCAAAAAUGAUAUUUCCAGAACCUUCUCAGCAAUUUAACAAUAUUUUAAGUGAUAGUAGUCCGAAAAAAAUUAUCCCUAAGAAGACUUAUGAAUCAAAAAGUGUCAGCGAGCUUAGAGUUCAAUUCGAUAUUGGGCAAAAUAAAAUACUUGAAGAUUUACAGGACUCCAAAUGUCCAAAAAUAGAUAUUCCAAAAUCUCCUGAUAGAGCAAGUGAACAAUUUAAAAAACCAGAUGUUGUCGUUACAGUUUCCUUAGAUGAGGAACAAAAUAAAAUUCCUAUCGAAAUAAAGGAAUCAGUUAGUAUGAUAAGUGCAGGAGAUGAUAAAAGUGGUUCUAUUGGUUUAAAAUUAGCAUCAUCUAGUAAAGAAAGUCCGGAAAAAUGUAAACCACUAUCGCCGUCCAAACCAAGUGUUACAUUUUCAGAUUUGGAACAGAUUCCAUGUCUUCAACCAAAAACGCCUGCUACCACGCCGGCUACUACGCCUUUGGCACAAAGAAAUAUCCAAAGGAUUCAUGAUAAGAAAACUCAGCCCAAAUAUGGAUGGUUAUGAAUAGAAUAGAAGAGGUCGAGAAGAGGUCGAGCAGAUAUAGAUUUGAUAAAAAUGAAUUUCUAUUUUUAGAACAUUUAAGUAAACUAGGUAUUUCAAUUUAAAAAAUAUAGGUAACAGAAACAGGGCUGCCAGAUUCAGUACGUUUGUACUGAAUUCAGUACCUUUUCAACUUUUUCAGUACGUCAGUUUUACGUUGUUAGUUUUAGUACGUUUUUGUUAAAAAUAGUCAGUUCAGUACCAUAUUCAGUACUUGGACAUUUUUCGAAUAAAGUAACGUAUUUUUAUUAACAUUUAUUUGAAAUUAAAAUUUAUUGCACAUUUGUUGGUUGUAAAUUUGAAAGUAAAAUGGAUUAAGACGUUUUUUGCUAUACAUAAAGAUUAUAUAAUUUAAUAAAAGUGUUAAACCACAAGAAAAUAAUUUUUAUUUCACUUGUGCCCAGCCCAUUUGUUCCUAUAGAGUAAAACUUUUGUAAAUGUUUCAAAUUUUUCUAUAAAAGAUAUUUAAUAGUUAAUUUUUAUAAAAUAUUAAUUUUUAAAGGUAUUUAUUCAGUACGUUUCGUUUUUUUGAAAUUCAGUACCUGCGUUUUAAAAUGUUUUUCAGGACGAUUUGUCAUUUUCAUUCUGGCAGCCCUGAAUAGAAAUCUAUAUUAGCAUUAGCAUAGUACAAAAUAUUUAUUAAAUUACAUCUCCAAAACAUAUCGAGGAUAUUUAAAAAAAUCAUAAUAUAAUGGAUCCAAAAAAGUAUAGAAAAUGCAAAAAAAUAAAAUAACAUUCAGAAAGUAGCUGGCAAGACGCAAUUCAUGGAUAGGUUUAUGGAUAGUAUUAUCCCAAAAAAAAGAUGG